UUCUUAAUUUAGUCAUAUGAGUAUCCGAGAAUGGCAGAUUUACCAAGUGUGACAGACAAAGGAGCAUUACGUGAAACAAAUCUGCAUAUGAAAUCAAUAAAUACUCGAAUGCUCGAUGAUGAAUGGAGCAGAGAAAGAUUUCUUGGUUUGCUAAAGUGCAAGCUUAUGCGACAUGAUAAAAUGAAAUCUUUAUCUGUUUGUACUAAAGUGCAGCGUAACGCAUUACUCAAUAAAUCAUUGCAUUCUAUUAUUCACAGCGGAAUAUAUAGUGAAUGCAUUUUACUCGAACUAGAAGGAAAAGGGAUGCACUCACACAGUAUCAUGAAAGCAAUCAAAUAUGGUCUCCUUAGUUUAUCUUCCGAAGAAUUAAAAUAUUUUCAAGACUUUGAAACCGAGAUACAGGAUACGGAUACGUGGAUAAAAAAGCUUGAUGAAAGAUUGAUCUCGAAUUUGUCCGUUGCUGGAUUAACUAACGAGCAAUGCUGGGCCAUUGUUGCAUAUGGGCUGAUAUCUCAGGAUAGACGUGUAUUAUAUCGGCUUUUAUCGAGCGGCAUUGAUGUUCCACGAAUUCUAAACUGGCCACGAAAAGACAAAUCAGUUACGUCAACAGUAAUAUCUUUUCUAAGAAAACUUGGAAUAGAUGAAGAUAUUCUCCGAUAUGUAGAAGAGAACGGUAUUGAUGAUGAAAUUGAAGAUAUGCUGAUUAAUCUUGGGUAUAAUGAGUACAAAGAGAAGGAAGCUUUAAAACCAAGUGAGGAAAUAUUGUGUGAAUGCAGUUUAACUGCAUUAGAAUCGCGUUCUACUCUGCUGGAAGAAAAAAUGGAUAGUGCUGCAUUCAAUAAUUGUGUGUUGAAGAGAAGAGUAUCCUGCUUUUGUUAUUUAAAGUAAAGCAAUUGUCUCAUCAAGUAUUUCUACCUUUAUAGAUGCGCAAUACAAUGUUGCUGCAUGUACUUGCAUCUGUAAUUUAAAUUUAUUGCAAAACUAUCAAGACGGUGAAACUUUAGAAAGAAAUAAUUACUUAAGGUAUUUUAUAAUAUUUUAAGAUGUAUCAUUAUUAGUAUUGAUACCAUUUGUGUUUGUGUGAUAUGAAUACAAUAAUAAGUAAAUUAAUAAUAUGGAUAUAUUUUUUUUCUUUUUUUUAAUAGACAACACGUGAUGGUGCCACUAUCAUGGGCAUUAAGUAGAGCUUUAAGAUAUCGACCAUCAGAUCCAAAACAUUACAUAGCUCACCAAUUGUUACGUUGGAAAUACGGUAACGUUUCACAAAAGGAAAUGCACUAUGCUCAACAAUUUGUUAUUUCUGCUACUAUAACGAUGGAUCAGCGACUUCUGGUAAAAAUAUAUAUAAAAUAUAACUUUUUACUAUUGUUAUUGAGGAAGCUAUCACAAAUAUGCUUGAUGAUGUAUUUUAAAUGAUAAUUUAUUAAAUAUAUAAUCUUAUAUAAUCGAAAUAGCAAGAACGCAAAAAGAAGGAAACGCUUAAAUAUCUAAAUGAAGCUGUAAAAGAUGUACCUUGCGACGUAUGUUUAGAACAACAAAAAUUAUAUCGCGUCAAAAAACGUUGUUCGAAAUGUACAAGAGUGUCUGCAUCGACACAUGGUAAGGAUAAAGUUUUUUUGUGAUUUAAAAAACAAUCAAAUUGAAGUCAACUGUUCUGAAGUCGAUUCUUGAAUAGGUAAAAUAAAUUUAUAAAAUUACAUUCAAAACAGAUAAGAAUCCUCAAAAUUUUGAAGAUUGUUAAAAUUUGGGUCAUCUUCUCCAAAAAUUAUUAAAUGGGACAAAAACGAGAAAUGUAAGUUUCUUAAAAAAUUCGUUUAUUUCAUAUUUGGACUUGUACAUUUGUCGCAAGUUUAUCAGAAUAUUUCAGUGCAGAAAUCGCACGAGAAUAUUAUGUGGAACGGAAUGGAAUGACAGUGACAUCACAAUAAAAGACGUCCAUAAUACAUCAUGGCAGUGAUCGGAGUUGUAAAUUUAUAAGGAUACUGAACCGCAUUCUUAACCUGCUUUCUUUUGUAUUUGUCGAGCAAACAUUUUUAAUAUCUACGUUAUGUGAGUUAUAUCAUUAAAAAGAAAAAUAUUAAAAUUAAAAAGAUACUAAAAAUGUAAAGACACACAUGUCAGAUAUCUGAACUUAAUAAAUGCUAAGUCGGCAAAAAUGCUUACAACUUCUACAGCUCUUUUGGAUCACUUUUUACAAAAUAUCUAAAAACUAAAAUUAAUCCAAUAUGCUUUAUACUUAUAUAGUCUAUUAUCAUAAUAAAAAUGAAUAUUCCACAUGUUGUAACGCAUGCAACAUGCCACAUAAAAAAA